AUGAGAGGGAACCAAAUUAUUUUCUCUCAUGAUUCUGUUGAGAAGGUCAAUCAUGUUUUGGUUUCUAAGGAGGACCUUGACAAUAUUACGAAGGUUCACUUCUACAAUGAGAAAGGCAGAGACGAUGUGUUGGCUUGGAAAACUUACGGAACAUCCAAGCUAUACGAUUGUAGCAGCGUACUGCAACAAUGGUUUGCAGUCCUUGGCCAGUUGAGUCCAUACUAUAGCCAUAUCAGACAGGAUACAAUUGAUAACCUGGUUGAAAUAGUUGAGCAGAGUGCCAGGGAGAAGAAAGACAAUCCAAUAUUCAUCAGUGACAAGCAGAGUCUUCUGCAUGAAAAACGUCUUGGCUCUGAUGUUGGUGGUGUCCAUCAGGUGGACUCCAUGUCAGAUAAUUACCAUGAUUACUUUGGAGGAGCAUCGACAUCACAAAUUGAGGGUUCCAGCCAUCCAAGUAGCAAUGAGGAUCUCCCUCUUAAGACGCAUUAUGUCAGCCCAUCACCAGAUACCUUGCUGCAAACGGAGAGCAACCGCAAGCAAGUUGAGAAUGAUGCUAUUCAAAACGUGAUGAAAAGUGUUGAUGAAAGCAAGACCGUGAGCCAGCAUCAAAUGGAGUCAGACGAUGUUGUACGGGGAUGGUUUGGAGAACAUGAAUCAGAAGGAAGAGACAGGCAUAACAACUCUUUUGUCAUAUCGCAUUGA